CUCCUACUCCACCCACUCUCUUCUUUUCCGUCAAAAACACUCCCCCCCCUUCCUUUGUUCGAGGCUGCUACAGUACUUCCACAAACCUUCCUCCAUCUUCUUGGAUGGAUAUCAUGGGGACUGAGGUGCAUUUGGACGAGUUGAGUGGGGAAGAAGGUCAACUGAAUGUUUUGACAUGGGGAGAUGACGUGGGUGACGCCGUGGGUGACGGUGGUAAUCUCUCAGCUCCGGUGGGUGUUGAACUGAAUGCGACUUCAAGGGAAGCAGUUGAAGAAGGUGUGGAAGUUGAAGCUUUGGACUGUUUGGAGAAGGAUGAAGAGGAAGAAGAGAUUUGUAAUAAAGUUCCCUUUGUUGGCAUGGAGUUCCCAAGUAAAGAUGCAGUGCAUGACUUUGAAGUUGGUUGGAAUUCUCAUUUGGAAAGGUAUUCACUUCAAGAUGAUGAAUGGCUUAAGGUCAUGUUUGAAGAACGCCAAAGGUGGGUACCUUGUUACUUGAAAACUUCAUUCUGGGCAGGUAUGUCCACAACUCAACGAAGUGAGAGCAUCAACGCUUUCUUCGACCUUUUUGUGCACUCUAAAACAAGUCUAAAACAAUUCGUGGAGCAAUAUGGUUGUGCCUUAAAAUUUAAGGCUGAAAAAGAGUUUCAAGCGGACGCAGAGUCAUUUUCAAAAUUGGUACCGUGUGUUUCGAAAUUUCCUAUGGAGAAACAAAUGCAAGGAAUAUACACAAUGGCGAAGUUCAAGGAGUUUCGAGAUGAAGUGGUUGGCAAGCUUUAUUGUGACAUCAUUCAAUGGGAUGGCGGUAAAAUUUAUCAUGUCAAAGAAGAAGUUAAAAUAACAGAGGACUUUUACAAGACUGUUUACUUCAUAGUGGAAUAUGAUUCUGGCUUGUGUGAAUGCAAAUGUAGUUGUCAUUUGUUUGAAUUUAGAGGCAUUGUGUGUAGACAUAUGUUUAUGGUUCUACAGCGUAUACUCUGCCAGACAAAAAUGAAUGAAUCAAAC